UAGUUCGGUGAGCGGGCGUUGUAGUCACGGCGUCUGCCAUUUUGAUCAGAAGUACUUUGCGCAGUAGAUGGUGUAAACUGACUCUCCAGGAUAUACAGCGGUUCUACUAAUAAAGGCUACGCGCUUUUUAGCCAAAAUGCUCUCCGCAGCCCAGUUACUCGACGAGUUAAUGGGCCGAGACAGAAACUUGGCCCCCGACGAGAAGCGGUCCAACGUGCGGUGGGACGACGAGAGCGUUUGUCGAUACUAUUUGUGUGGAUUCUGUCCAGCCGAGUUAUUCACAAACACACGCUCUGACUUGGGUCCCUGUGAGAAAAUCCAUGAUGAAAAUCUUAGGAAAAUGUAUGAGAAAAGCUCCCGGUUCAUGAAGGAGGGCUACGAGCGAGAUUUCCUUCGCUAUCUGCAGUCGCUGCUGGCAGAAGUGGAAAGACGCAUCCGUAGAGGACAUGCAAGACUCGCACUCUCCCAGGCUCAGCAGAAUGCAGGGCAGGGCCCUGGUCCGUCAGGGAAGAAUGAGGAGAAGGUCCAGGUUCUAACGGAGAAGAUUGAAGACCUAGUUGUACAGAUUGAGGAAUUGGGGUCUGAAGGCCGAGUGGAGGAGGCCCAGGGAAUGAUGAAGCUGGUGGAGCAGCUGAAGGAGGAGAGGGAGCUGCUCAGCUCCACCCCCUCGACCAUCGAGAGCUUUGCCGCCCAGGAGAAACAGAUGGAGGUGUGUGAAGUGUGUGGAGCCUUCCUCAUUGUGGGCGACGCACAGUCCCGAGUGGACGACCACUUGAUGGGAAAGCAGCACAUGGGCUACGCCAAAAUUAAAUCUACUGUAGAGGAGCUCAAGGAAAAACUGCGCCGUCGCUCUGAAGACCCCCAAGGCGAAAACCCGGCACUGAGACGGGACAGAGAAGACCGUGAGCGUGAGAGGGAGGAAAGGGAGAAAAAACGCAAAGAGGAAGAAGAGAAGGAGAAAGAACGGGAGAAGGAGCGAGAGAAGGAGAGGGAACGAGAGAGAGAACGGGAGCGUGAGAGGGAGAGAGACAGAGAACGGGACAGAGACCGGGAGAGAGACAGGAGGGCACGACGAAGCCACUCCAACAGCCGCCACUCCAGUCGGGCAUCAGACAGGAAGCGGAGCAGAUCCCGUGAUCGCCGGAGGUCCAGGAGCAGAGAUAAGGACCGAGAGAGGGACCGAAAACGCAGCAGGAGUCGGGACAGGGAGAGGAGGCGCAGCCGUGACCGCUCCGACAGAAAACGUCGCUCUCGUAGUCGUGACAGGAGGAGGUCACGCAGCUCAGACCGCAAGUCCCACCGCCACCGCAGCCGUAGUCGCAGCAAGGACAGAGACAGAGAGCGGUCAUCGAAAGACAAAGACCGUAAGGCAACAGAGGAGAGGAGCAGCUCUAAGAAAGACAAGCACUCUGACGGCGAUGCAGCGGCCAUCAAGGCUUCGUCAGAAGUGGAACCGAUGCAGAUGGAGGCAGCUGCCUCCUCCCCUCUGCUUAACGGCCAGCAAGAGCUCCUCCAUUCUGAAGGUGACACUCAGUCCAAUUAAAACUGAUCUGAUAGGACCUCAGAUCAGGCUCAGGGGAAGCUGGGAUAUCUGGUGGAGGAAGAAGUGGAAGAGCGCACCCAUCCUCACCCUGAACCUGACACGUCGCUGCUUACAAACAAGGUGAACCACAAAUGCGUAGUGGCUUUAUUUAAAAACAUGAACAUAAAGUACACAUGUAAAAUGGGGAGAGAGGAAAAAGUCGGUUGAUUUGUUCCGUUUCCUGUCUUAUUUUUCGGCCGGAUGAGGGUAGCUGUGGUUCAUCUGAUGUUCUUCUGAUUUGUUGCUCUGGAUGUCGUUCAGGCGUCACUUUAAAUACCAAACUUAGCAAGUUCUUUAUGGUUUUUUGUUUUCUUAUUUCUAAAUCUCCUUUCUUGACAUUUAGUGAAAAUGAAAUAAAAACAGUGCUUGUGGUCUGUAUUGGUUUGUCAGGUUCUUCUUCACCUCCUGACCCCUUUUUUCAGAGUCAGUUGAAAGCGUCUGUACAAUGUUAGACCUUUUCUCCUCCACUUAGAGCUCACAUUGGUUGCUCUUGUCCCGUAACUGUAAAAUACUCUGAUUUAAUUUGAACAAAAAGAUUUGAAGACUGCAGAUUUGUUUAAUUUUGCCCUGAUUUUAAUGUCCAUGUUGUCAUGAUGAAUAAAAAGUCAAAACUUG